AUGGAGGUGGAAGAAGAUGGCAGUCUAUUCUCUGAGGAGCUGGAAAACGAUGAGGAGAAGGAGAGAGAGAUGAAGGACGAAAAAGAUUACAGUGUAUGGCAUCACUUGAUCUUGUGUGAGGAGCUGGAAAACAACGAUGACCAGAAGAAUCAUGUUCCUUGCUUGGUGUGCAAAAGAGCAGUAUUGGGAGGUCCCGCCUACAAAUGCUUGAAAUGCAACGUUCUCCAGCAUAAAUCAUGCCCCGGAUCAACAAACAUAGCAAAUAGAUCAUGGUGUGCCCAUGGUUAUACGUGGCCGCAACACUUGAUCGCUGUAGAUGAGGAGCUGGACAAUAUUAGUAUCGGCAACAAGAAAGUUGUUUGCCCGGUAUGCCUGGAACCAGGAUUCGGUCCCGCUUACAAAUGCUCCUUCCCCAAAUGCACCUCUUUCCUUCACAAAUCCUGCUUUGAACAACUAUCCCUCGUGAUACAACACACCAUGCACCCAGAGCACGCCCUUUUUCUCCGAUUGCCAUCAUCGGAUAGAUGUUGUGAUGUUUGCCUCAAAGAUUGCGGAAACUCCUUAUUCUACAGUUGUUUCUUCUGCGAUUUUGACAUCGACGUCAAAUGUGUUUCUCGUUGGCGAAUUAGUGCUGAGGACUGCCUCCAACAUUCACUCUUUCCCAUGCGGAAGCAGAUGCAAUUCACUUGUGAAGCCUGUGCUGAGGAGAGCAAGGGUAUUGCCCACCAAUGCAGCGUCUGCCGAGUCCUGAUUCAUGGUGAGUGUGAUAAAUUUUCACGCACCAUCAAAAUUAGGACACAUGAUCACUCACUCACUCGCACCUAUUCUUUUAGUCAAGAAGUCAAGAAACAGAAGAACGUAUUUUGUAAACUCUGCCGUAAAAAGGUGAAUAUAGAAUACGCAGCUUACUACUGCCGAGAAUGUGAUUACAUUGCUCACAUGGAUUGUGCACGUUAUUUUAAAGUUGAAGACAGGGACCUGAGUGAAACCACUAAUGAGGUGGAUGAAAAUCAAUUGGUUCAUUUGGUGGAAGGGAUCGAUCUAGCAAUGGAUGAAACAACUAGCCCAUGGGAGAUCAAUCAUUUCAGUCAUCCACAACAUAGCUUAAUCCUCAUCACUGAAAACCUCGUGGGUGUCAAGCGUUGUGAGGCCUGUAUGCAAUUUAUAAUUCUUACCCCAUUUUACGGCUGUACACAAUGCAACUUCUUUCUCCAUUACAGAUGUACUAAAUUACCUGCAACCAUUAAGCGAGGGCUAUUUCACGAACAUCCCCUCACCCUCCUCUCACAGGAUAUGAAUGCAAGUGGAUUGUUCUGGUGUAAGGCUUGUAAACGUGAUCACCAUGGCUUCGUAUAUAGAUGUGACAGAUGUGAAUGGAAUCCAUACACGUUAGGCGUUCAAUGUUGUUUAAUUCCAGAAAUCCUUGAACACGAAGGCCAUCAACACUCCCUCUACCUUGUUAUAAGAUCUUCUUUGGAAACUUGCAACGGCUGCGGUCAAAAAGGAGAUAUGAACUUCAGUUGCUUUGAUGAAAUAGGCGGUUUGCAAUUCCUUAGCUUGGCGAGCGUGAACGGAUCAAUACUUUACAAAAUUAUUGAAGUCACCGUGGAAGUUUAA